GCGGGCGGCCCGGGGCGGGGCGGGCCGGCCGGGAGAGGGGCGGAGAGACGCCGCCGCCGUUGCCGCCGCCGCCGCCGCGGCCGCCGCUGCCUCUGGGAGCCUGAAAAAGGGGAAACGAGAGCGAGCGAACGAUUCAGUCCCGCGGCGGCGGCGGCGGCGGCCGUGGCCGUGGGGGCGCGACGGCCGGGGCGGGGGCGCUGCUGCUGCGGAGGCAGGCGGCGGCAGGGGCGGCGGCGGCGGCGGCGGCUCGCUCCAGCCAUGCCGAAUAAAAACAAGAAGGAGAAAGAAUCUCCAAAAGCAGGGAAGAGUGGGAAAAGUUCAAAAGAAGGACAAGACACGGUAGAAUCAGAGCAAAUUUCCGUCAGGAAAAACAGCCUUGUUGCUGUCCCGUCUACCGUAUCUGCUAAAAUAAAAGUACCCGUCUCUCAGCCCACAGUGAAGAAAGACAAACGGCAGAACUCUUCAAGGUUUAGCACCAGCAAUAAUAGAGAACUCCAGAAACUUCCGUCCUUAAAAGAUGUUCCUCCUGCUGAUCAAGAGAAGCUUUUUAUCCAGAAGUUACGUCAGUGUUGCGUCCUCUUUGACUUUGUUUCUGAUCCACUAAGUGACCUAAAGUGGAAGGAAGUAAAACGAGCUGCUCUAAGUGAAAUGGUAGAAUAUAUCACCCAUAAUCGGAAUGUGAUCACAGAGCCUAUUUACCCAGAAGUAGUCCAUAUGUUUGCAGUUAACAUGUUCAGAACGUUGCCGCCUUCGUCGAACCCUACGGGAGCGGAAUUUGACCCAGAGGAAGACGAGCCGACGUUAGAAGCAGCCUGGCCUCAUCUACAGCUUGUUUAUGAAUUUUUCUUAAGAUUUUUAGAGUCUCCAGAUUUCCAACCUAAUAUAGCGAAGAAAUAUAUUGAUCAGAAGUUUGUACUGCAGCUUUUAGAGCUCUUUGACAGUGAGGAUCCUCGGGAGAGAGAUUUUCUUAAAACCACCCUUCACAGAAUCUACGGGAAGUUCCUAGGCUUGAGAGCUUACAUCAGAAAACAGAUAAAUAAUAUAUUUUAUAGGUUUAUUUAUGAAACAGAGCAUCAUAAUGGCAUAGCAGAAUUACUGGAAAUAUUGGGAAGUAUAAUUAAUGGAUUUGCCUUACCACUAAAAGAAGAGCACAAGAUAUUCUUACUGAAGGUGUUACUACCUUUGCACAAAGUGAAAUCUCUGAGUGUCUACCAUCCCCAGCUGGCCUACUGCGUGGUGCAGUUUUUAGAGAAGGACAGCACCCUCACAGAACCAGUGGUGAUGGCACUUCUCAAAUACUGGCCAAAGACUCACAGUCCAAAAGAAGUAAUGUUCUUAAAUGAAUUAGAAGAGAUUUUGGAUGUAAUUGAGCCAUCAGAAUUUGUGAAGAUCAUGGAGCCCCUCUUCCGGCAGUUGGCCAAGUGUGUCUCCAGCCCACACUUCCAGGCACAGAAAGAUCUGAAGAAGGACCGUCCCCUUGCACGCCGCAAGUCCGAGCUGCCUCAGGAUCCCCACACCAGGAAAGCCUUGGAAGCUCACUGCAGGGCCGACGAGCAGGCCUCCCAGGACGGCCGCUAGCCUCCGGGGCGCCGCAUCGGGGCUGGGCCCACCAGUUCUUUUCUGGAUUCUGUAGAAAAUACAUACUUUCUGUGCCAUACCAAUCAUUUACACUCAAAGUCAGAGCUUUCUUGGAUCCCGUUCUGUAGGCAAUAACGUGCGUCCGCCUCAGCGCGAGAUUAGGAGUUCAAACAAUGGUGACUUCCCAGAACCCGCUGGCAGAGCCCCGGGUUGACGACAGUGUCCCACAGUGUCGUCACCACCCCAGCGCAGUCCAACUCAGACUAUUUCACAAAGUCAGAGCGAUAGGAAAGCACCCUGCCCGUCAUCCUCGCGUUCUCCCAAAUGGAACUUAGGAUGUUUUAACCUAGGAGAUUCUGUGAUGACAUCAGUGGUUUUCAAAUCAAAGGAACACUUGAACAAGUGUGGCCUGGUUUAAGACUUUCCGGCCUUUGGAAUGGUUUCCAUGUGACUGCUACGCCAGCAGUUCUCGUUCGUUUGUUUUUGAGUCUCAGUGACAUGACUCUUGGCUUUCGAGUUCUCACACGACAUACUGGGAAAGUGACAAUCCUCAGGCGCUGGUCUUUUCUAAGGGAUCUCUUUACUCGAUGAGUGACGUCAAGACCGUGUCUCCUUCUCUUGGGUGUACCCAAAGCCAUAUUUCCAAGUCUGUGGUACUCCAGGAUUCCAGGAGUAAGCUCGUAGAAAAAAAUUUAUUUGGAAAGAGAUUGCUCUCAAGUUUAUCUUAAAAGAGCUUGCUCUGUCUAUCUUGACAGAAAUUGGAGUUUAAAAAUUACGUGUUCAUGUUUUUGUUUCAGAUUUCGUUUCCAUUCAACUUAAACAUUGUUGCCCUUCAAACAAGGCUCUUAAAUUGAUAAAAUUAUAGUCUCUAAGAAUUCCACAUUUUAUGGAAAGUUGGAACAAAAUCGUUUUGAGCCAAGCCAGUUCCUAGCGUAAUGCAAGCUGCAGCUGCCUUUGAGUAUACGGGAACCAAACAGCCUUGCGAGGCCGGUCCUGCCGCAGCCUUCGGUGGGGCCGCCACGCGGUCUGAGAGCUGGGAGGGGGCGCCAGCGAGGACAGGGUUCCCCGGAGCUCUUUCUGUUGAGAAGAGCUCACGUUCUCAACACCUUGUAAGGAAAAUACAGUGUCUUCAAAUGCUGCUAUGUAUUCCACAGACUCUCCUGCAUGUGUUGAGCUUUUGUUUUAGAUGGAGUAGCACAAGGAGAAAAAUCUUCAAGCUUAGUGCUUUGUCUGUUCUUUCUUUCUCUCAGGGUGGCCAAUAUUUUAACUUACUUAUCCUGCUUGAAAGCUACUUGAGACGUGUACUGCUGUUCUAAACACGUGCUUCUAGUUUCUUUUAUCUCUGGCAUAAGAUUAUAUAACUUAAUGUUAAGUGUCUUGACGCAUAAAAGACAGAAUGUGGCUUCUUUUCGGAUCUGUUUUUUCAUCGAGGUCUUGGAUAUCCUGUGAAGGAUGGUGAGCAGCAGACACUGCUGCGGUGCCGCUGCCCACAGCUCUCUUUAAAGCCACUGGCAAUGCUUCUGUCCUCGUGUCUUGGAGGAAAAUCACCUGGGGGGAGGGGACUUCUCGUGUCAAGAGCAAGCGCAGGUAUGAGAUGCAAAGACUGCCCCAGCUAAAAGUGGACAAGUCCACUUCGUGAGACGAACACUUCCUGAGAAACUUGACAAGUAUCUCUCCAUUUUACCAUUAUGAAAUCUAUAAUUUAAAAAAAAAAAAAACAGUUUAGAUGCCUUCUCCUUUUGAGGGAAAAAGGGUGCUUUUUAUUGUACAAAGCAGCGUCUUACGUAUUUUGAUAUACCAUUGUUUGAACUUCCGUCUUUAGCUGAUAGAUUCUCAAAUAUCCUUGAUUUUGGAUGUUCAGUAUGUUUGUGAGAGAGGUUUCUGGGAAGGCUCUCUUUUUGCCCUAGGGAAAAAGCAAAAUAUCAAUGUUUGGGUGACUGUGUAAAGCUCAAUGUCUAAGAACAUCUUUUUGUCUAGGUUUUAUUUCUGCUCUUUAUUGAAGACAAACACUCACCAAAAAGAAAGAUAAAAGUUUUGAGAGAAACUGAUUUUCUUUGGCAAGAGUAUUACUUAAUAUUUUGGCCUCCUAAAGUUUCCCUCAGUAGUACUCGGACUCCCGUGCUCGUCCAGCUUACAUCUCACUGUAUAGAGACUGUUUAUUCUGUACCAAACUGAUUUCAAAGUCCUGCAUUGAAAAUAAACCGGUGACUGUUUUUCUUCAUAAAGGUCUGCGUUUGGCAUCUUCACUCUUUCCAAAAUGUAUCUGUACAUCAGAAGUGUCACUAUUCCAAGUGUCUUUUUAGUGUGGCUUUAGUAUGACUUCCUUUUAAUAUUGUACAUACAUUGUAUCUUUGUUUUAUGGUAAUAAGUAAUAAAAAUGUAGACUUCAUAUUUUGUACAAAAUGUCCUAUGUACAGAAUAAAAAACGUUCAUAGAAACAGCAAA